UUGCUCUGAACGACAGGAGAGCUCGGGCGCUGGCGUGUAAAUAGUAGGAUAGACUGCAGACCAUGAUGGUUUAUGCUCACAGAUCAUGUUUCUUUUAUUUUAGAUUGUAAUUGUUGUACUCGGUUGGUGCUGGAUCGGGUUAGGGACCAGGUUUCUGAGAUGAGCUCCUCGGUGGUUUGGGAUGCGCAGUGCGCUUCGCUGCCGCUGCUGACUGGGACUGCUGCUGCUGCUGCUGCUGCAGUGUAAACAAGACGGUCCGAGCCUGCAGCGCUGCUGUCUGUGGGCGCACAGAAAAACGACACAGUGCCAAACGGCAGUUGACUUUUCAUCUUAAAACGAGCACAGUGCCAUCAUGAGCCCUCGGUGGGUUUUCAGUACGCAACGACGUCAUUUCUGCAGCGGAGAAACUGGCUUUCUUAUUUAAUUAAACUGGACAUCUGUCAGUCAGCGCAUCCGCUACUUCUAAGAAACCAGCAAGCGGUAAUCUCGCCGGUCGGCUAAUCAGAUGGACUUUGCAGCGGGGGAAGUAUUAACUUCUUGGAUCUCAGGAAAAUGAGUGACAACCAGGAAACAUCAGACGCUGAGGACACGACUCCGUCCGGGAGCGCGACCUUGCCGCUCCGGCCGCCUUGCGAGCGCCUUUCUGGCCACAAAAGCAGCGUGUGCUCCCGCUCCUACUUCGUGGUAGUGAUGGUGUUUUUUCACGUGUACAUCAUUAAUGUCAUAGCGCUGCUAUUUUACGUUCACUACAACAGCGGGCAGGAAGACGCCAAUCAGAGCCGUGAUGCUCCGAGCGGUGACCACCAGUCCCGCGAGUCGCGACGUCCGCCAUCAAAGCCUGAGUUUCUGCGUGAUGUUUCCCUCACAAGGAUCGAGGGGAUAAGGGUGGGACACGUCCAGAAGGUGUCACUGGUGCCGAACAAAGUGCAUGAAAUGCGGACUCUAAGUCUUAAACCUCUCCUGUUUGAGAUCCCUGGGUUUUUGUCGGAGGAUGAGUGCCGUGUUGUGAUGCAGCUUGCACAGCUAAAGGGUCUAAUGGAGAGUCAGCUAAUGGUGCAAGAAGGCCAAGAAGAGCUAGCCAAAGAGCUCAACCUCAGCCCAGAGGAGAUCUUCAACCUUCUUGAUAUCAACCAGGACGCACAGUUGCAGCUCCAUGAGAUACUGACUCACUCUCGAGUAAGAGACGGCAUCUGGCUCACACCGGAGAAUCUGCGAGAAAUCUACACUGGGCUCAAAGCUGACAAGGACGGUGAUGGUUUGUUGAGUCUAGAAGAGUUCAAGCUUCUGAGCAAUGAUGCCUUCCAGCGCUUCCUGCUGCAACGAGGAGUGAAGAGGAGUCAGCUGGUGAGGAACAGCAGACACACCUGGCUGUAUCAGGGCAAAGGAGCACACCAGGUCCUGCAAGACAUCAAGGAGAGAGUGACUCGCCUCACUCGGCUCCCGCCUGCGUUAGUGGAUCUUAGUGAGCCGCUGCAGGUUGUUCGCUAUGAGGAGGGAGGACACUACCACGCCCACCACGACAGCGGCCCCGUGUAUCCUGAAACAGCCUGUACACACACACGCCUCGCGGCCAACACCUCCACCCCUUUUGAGACGUCUUGCAGGUACAUCACAGUUCUCUUCUACCUGAACUCUGUUGAGGGGGGCGGGGAGACCGCAUUCCCUGUGGCAGACAACAGGACCUAUGAUGAAGUGUGUCUCAUACAGAAUGACGUCGACCUUUUGGACACCAGAAGGAACUGUGACAAGAGCAACUUGAAGGUGAAACCGACCAAAGGGACAGCUGUCUUCUGGUACAACUAUCUGUCUGAUGGCAGAGGGUGGGUAGGAGAGCAGGAUGAAUACGCUCUGCAUGGAGGCUGUGUGGUCACCCGUGGAACUAAGUGGGUCGCAAAUAAAUGGAUCAACAUUGAUCCUGAUUACCAGCGGCAAGCUCGAUACCAACAGCUGGUUUCACAGCAUCCAGAGGACGAGGAUGAUGAAGGUCUGACUCUGAACCCGGACAUUCAGAGUUCUGAUAUCCAUCAAGACUUGUAGCUUGUAAACCAAAUUCAUCUAAAAAAAAAAUAAAAAAAACUACCUAGCCUUCUUCAGUCCUGUGCACAACUUGCAACAUCCUCUGUGGCCGGUAUGUAGAGACAAGAUUUAUUCAGGGAAUGAGGUCGCAGUGGGUUUAUGCAACUGUAAAGAGAUGCUUUUGUUAACUCUUGCUUGGAUAUUGUUAUCCUGUUAUUUUGUAAUAUCCUAUAGUUU